GCUAGCGGGUGAUGUUAGCUUCAUGUAGCUUGUGCUGGGCAUUGGGAUGUGACAAGACGAAAGGAAUUUGUUCGCUUUGAGCGUCACUUUUUUUGUAUGCACGACCGGUGGAAUCAAGGUCGGGCGCAGGCAUCAUGCCGGAAAGCGGGAGCAGCGCCGCCGCUCGCCAGGCAAAGCAGAAGAGGAAGUCCCACAGCCUGUCCAUCCGCAGGACCAACAGCACCGAGCAGGACCGCUCAGGCCUGCAGAGGGACAUGCUGGAGGGACAGGACUCGAAGCUGCCUCUGGCUCUGAGGAGCAAUCUGCUGGACCUGUUCGGUCAGAUCGAGAGGGAGUUUGAAAACCUGUAUUUAGAAAACUUAGAACUGCGCAGAGAAAUCGACACGCUGAACGAUCGAUUGGCUGCAGAAGGUCAAACGUUUGAAGGAGCAGAUUUAGCAAAAGGAGCUCUUAAAACUAAAGCGAGCCACAGCACCAGUCAGCUGUCUCAAAAGCUGAAAACAACCUACAAGGCGUCCACAAGCAAG